GUGGAGGAGCUAUGAACUGUUAUGGCUGCACGUCAAUCCCUGAGGCUAUGGCAGAUGAGAGGGAUGGCUUUCCAGGGUUACAUUUUCAUCCUCAACCUAUGGCUGAUCAGGGGAUAGUAAAUGAUCAAUUCUGUCAAAUUCAAGCUUUGAAAAGCGAAGAGCAACCAGAUGCUGUUGUAAGGUUGAUUGAUACGUACAUCCUUGAUGUAGAAAGGAUCUUAUCGAAUUUGAAAAGCUACAUAGAUCUUCCUGAUGUAGACUUCUCUAAAUUGGCUGUGGAGAUUUGCAAGAUAGAGGAAAAAAGCUUGCAAAUUGGUGCUGAGCACAUGAAAAUUGCUUGUGCCAAUCUCAUUCUGGCUUGUGAUCAGAAGCACAAGGAUAAUUUCUGUCAAUACUUAGCUUGGAUGAUGAAUGAAUUUACUAAGACCCAAAGCAAGUUGGAGGCCUUUGCUCAGAUGGAGCGGAAGAUCAUCAGAGUGAGGAGCAAAGUGCAAAAGUAGAGCUUGUUUCAAUUGAAUCGUCUAUCAGGGUCCUUAAUCAGCUUACAGAACCGGUUUGGAGAAGCAGGCUAGUAGCUAAACUGGAAGCAAAGUUAAGCUAGAUGGUCCUUCAAUGGUAAAAGAAUGAUAGUAAAAAUGGUGAAAGAUGUUGUAGCAUUUGUUUGAAAAAACAGCCUAUUCAUCUUGGUCUUCGAAAGAAAAUCCCUGUGACUGCCAGUCCAAGGACUUCAUGAGUCACACACAGAAAUUUCUUCUUGGUCUUCCAAAGAAAGUUCCUGCAGCCAGUGAUCCCUUCUAGUGGCCACUCAAUUCACUUCCUAAGAGAAGUCUCUUGGUCUGCUUUGCAGUUGAUCUUUCCAUUAUCUGCUUAAUUUCAACUUCUUUUGUCCUUGUACCAUGGACCUGAAGUCUCAGUGUCAAAACACCUAGAUCAAAGUGGUCUUUGUUUUCUUCAGUUCUUCCCAUCUGAAGUUUCUGGGCGGUGUCCCUCAACAUUAAGUACACAUAUUUGAGCUUCAUGCCUUUGUUAAGCUUCUGCUUUUGAAAGAAAUGGAGUACCAAGCUUCUGCACAGAAUUACUAUACCAGAAGGCAGAGUGGCCCAGCCCAGCCCACACCCCCCACCCAGCACAGCUCGGCAGCCCAACGUGCGCUGCACGCCUGCACACCAUUCGCCCCUGACCGUGCUCAUGUUUCCUCACCAACACCAGCCGACUAACCAUGCUUCAUUUGAUAAAAUGUUCACAUUUUAUGUAUAUAUGUAGAUAUGUAUAUUAUUAGCAUUAAAU